AUGGCAAGGUCUCCCUGCGCCACUGCAGUCUGCUGCCAGCCGGGCCGCCUCCACCGUCCACCUGUCCUCAAGCGCUGCUUCCGCCGGCGGGACUCCUACGGUCGCCUUCCUCGCAACCUCCUUCUACACAGUCCCCACGGGGUCUGUAGCCCCAAAGCCAACAGCUUGAGCGCCCGGCUGAGGCAGCAGGGGGCGCGGCGAGGAGCGCUCGAGGGCGCGCAGGGGGCGGCCCGGCCUGAGGAGCGCCGUGCGGCGCGCGCCGUGGGCUGCCGACCUUCCCAGGCCGCUGCAGAACAGAGACGUGUGCCCGCGCCUCAGAAGGGCUGGAAAGAGGGAUUCAAGGCUGAUGUCGGUGUGGCUUAUUCUGGGGAGAAUUUCAGACCCCAGAUUGAAACUAUGCUCCCCAAGGAUAAUGUGGGCAGCCCUGGAAGCCUGGACAAGCAGGCCCAGUGGGGAAGCUUACCUGGAACCAUUCCAGAAAGUUCCCCAUUUCCUAGUGAAAGAAACAGAAGAAUAAAUUCAGACCUAGUGAUCAGUGGAUUAAUCCAUAAACCCCAACCCUUAGAGAAUCGAGAGCAACAAAAGUCAUCAGACAUCCUAGAGGAGUUAAUUGAAGGAAUAAUACAAAGCCCCAGCAAAAUAUUUAGAAAUGGAGAAUCAUAUGAUGUCACCAUAAGCAUGACUGAGAAGCUGCUGAGAAAGCCACCAGCCAGGCUGAAAAAACUUAAAAUCAAAAAGGAAAUAAAAGAUUUCCAGGAAGAGAAGAUGCAGGCAGUGGAGGAGUGCAGGAAGACUAAAGAAGAAGAAAUAAGAAAAAGGCUGCGGAGUAACCGACUUCUGCUCCCAGCCCAUCAUUCAGAUUCAGCUGAAGCAGGUGGGAAGGAGGCUCCGUUUGCAGAAGGACUUAAAACUGUGAGUUGUGCCGCGUUUGAACCCUCUGACCUGCCAGAAGGAAAGCUGUUGAAAUGAUAGAAUGAUAGAAAUUACAGGUACGAAGGUAUCGGGGUCGUGGAGUCAGACAUGUCUUACAACCAAGCAGAUGACGUAUUCUAAAGAGCCGUUUUAUGUGAAUUUCGUGAAAAGGCUUCCUUUCCCCCAGGUGUGACUUUCUUAGUAUGUCUCAUGUUUUCUUUGACUGUCUGACCCACUGGGAUGUGCCUUGGGUUUAGGAAUGACUGUGAGAGCUGCCUGGGCUGGAGCUUAGCUGAGUAAACCAAAUGACUAUGUUAGCUUAAAAAAAAGAAGAGGAAGAUUUGACUAGCUUUGGUUUUAUAAAGUUGUCAUUCUCCUUCAAUGUGGCUUCCAACAUGUGAAAAUGUCUUUCAUUUAUGAGCACCUUUCAGCUUCCAUUAAUGUAUUCGUGCCAAAUGAAAUCCUUCUUUUUGGUUCCUACCUCUUGGCUGUGUCUGCCCUCUGAGGGUCCUUUAAGACAAAUUGUAUGGAUUUGUGUUAAGUAUUUUAAUGAUCUGUAUGCUUCUUAUGCUCUAUGUUUAGGUGUGUUUUUUUUCUAAUU